AUCAGGCUAAACAAUGGAGCCCGGAGCUCACCCCAUCCACCGCGCACGCGCUCUCCUCCCCACCCGCAGCUGACUAAUCGAGCUCAGAGCUGACCCCACCGUCACUGGAUGAGACGGCGGUAUCUGCCCCAGGAGUGAGGGAAAAUGACGGAGAAACUCUCCAAGAGUGUGAAGAUCGCUCCGGGAGCAGUGGUAUGUGUGGAGAGUGAGAUCAGGGGAGAUGUGACCAUAGGCCCCCGGACGGUGAUUCACCCGAAGGCCCGGAUCAUCGCAGAAGCUGGGCCCAUAGUGAUUGGGGAGGGUAACCUCAUCGAGGAGCAGGCCCUGAUCCUCAAUGGGUAUCCUGAAAACAUCCUUCCUGACACAGAGGACGUGGAGCCCAAGCCCAUGGUCAUCGGCACCAACAACGUGUUUGAAGUUGGCUGUUACUCUGAAGCCAUGAAGAUGGGAGACAACAACGUCAUCGAAUCCAAAGCCCACGUAGGGAGGAACGAUUUGACCAGUGGCUGCAUCAUCGGGGCCUGCUGCAACCUGAACACCUUCGAAGUGAUCCCCGAGAACACCGUCAUCUACGGAGCCGACUGCCUGCGCCGGGUUCAGACAGAGAGACCUCAGCCCCAAACCCUCCAGCUGGAUUUCCUGAUGAAAAUUUUGCCCAACUACCACCACUUGAAGAAGACCACGAAGGCGAUCGCAGCCCCCGCCAAGAGCUGAACGAGGCCGCGCCGCCUCUUUGGCCGCUCUUCAUGUUUACAUGGUCGGUCCCUCCUCAGCGUGUCCUCACAUGCUUCAUCAUUGCCGUGAUAACCCGUCUUGUAGCUAGGUAGCUGUGUGUGUGCCCUUGGGGCUGGAGCCUCGGCCCCUAACACCCAGGCCCAGGAGGGCUCUGCGCAUGGCCCGUCCUUCACCCCCCCCCCGCUGUAAUUAAAGUGACCCCCGAGGAGCCACUGACUUGAGUUCCUGUCUCCUGUGUCCCCGGGGCACGGCUCUCGGCAGGGUGUCUGCCUCUGUGCCCCCACCCCACGGUCCUGUGAUCCCCUUGUAACAGGCACUGAAUGCCUAAUAAAGACGGCGGUGCCGGGUGGAUUGGUCACACAGCUGGCUCCACCUUGAA